AGACUUUUUGCAGCAGAGUUGUAACCGCUAACAUGCCUGUGUACUAAUGACAUCUGCAUGUAUGCUUUUAUUUAGAUUUUAUCAGUUUUAUGUAUUCAUAACUUUGCAGGGAGCAGCCACAUUUAGCUCAAAUGAAAACACUAGUUGUCGGAGUUGGCGGGAUGACCAACGGAGGAAAAUCUACUCUCUCUAGAAGUUUGCACGAGCUGAUGCCCAACAGCUGUAUCAUUGCACAGGAUUCAUAUUUUAAGAAUGACUCUGUGGUACCAGUGGACAGCCAUGGGUUCAAGCAGUAUGACUUGCUCGAUGCGCUCCACAUGGACACGAUGAUGAGCGACGUCCUCUCAUGGCAAAGAGAUCCUGAGUCGUUCAUGAGGCAGCGAGGCCUGAACUCAGAGCACGAGACACCCUCAGCUGAUGAGGAGGUGUAUGUGCUCAUCGUGGAGGGCUUCCUCAUUUUCAACCACAGGCCUCUGAAUGAGCUGUUUUACAAAAAAUACUUCCUGGAAAUACCUUACGAUGCCUGCAAGAGGAGACGAAGUUCGAGGAUGUACAUGCCUCCUGAUCCUCCUGGAUACUUUGACGGACAUGUGUGGCCGAUGUACCUGAAAAACCGGCAGGAGAUGGAGAGCAUGGUGUCUGGAAUCGUAUUUCUGGAUGGACUGAAGCCAAAGGAGGAGCUGCUGUCUGCUGUGUGUGAAGAUGUUUGUCAGGAAAUAGAAAGGCUCAGGGAGAAACACUGACAUGGUUGGAGUUUUAUUUGUUUAGCUUUUGAAGAGGGGGACAGCUGCUUCCAUGGAUGUCAUGAAGGUUAAUUUUUGAACCAACGUGUGACUGAAAGGACCAAACCAAGUAUUAAUGUCUAUGUAAUAUCUAUAAUAGUUAAUUUUGCCAGAAAGAGCUGUGGAUGAGUAUUAACUGAUGCUGUAGCACAUAAACUAGUUCAGCUGGAGGCUGGACAGACAUUCACAGUGAAGCUAAUGAUUUUACAGUGAUGGACAGUACUUUAAAGUUCGGAUGCACUCUCAGAAACCUCAAUAUGAGACGUUUUUGCUGUUUUUUAAAGCUGCAGCUAAAUAUAGCUGAUGAUUAUACAAUGUUUAAUCUUUUACUGGGUUUUUAUUUUAUUAAUAAUGUACAUAGGAUGUUUGACUUUUAUUUUUUAAUCUAACCAUACAACUCGUGAUGUAACUCAAGAUGUGCAUCAUAGCUAAGUAUCAGUUUAAAAGAUGUUCUCAGUCAUUUCUGGAUAGUACAAAUAUUAAACAAUAAUCAUUGCA